UGCUACAACUAGUAUAUAAAGUAAUUAUUUACUAACAAAUACUAUAGUACUGAGUUGAUCUUGAACAAGUGAAGAGCUGCAAUAUGAAGACUGUGUUUGUUUUGUGUGUGGUCGCUGUGAGCGUGAUGAUGGUGCAGGGACAAGGAAUUCCUAUUGCUAAAUGCGCCAAGGGCGAGCAUUCAGUCCUCUACUGCCCACAAAUGGCUGAACCGUCUUGUGACAACCCUAAAGUCCACGAUAUGGACUUCCCUGGACCCUGUGACAUCCCUCAAUGUUUCUGCGACACACCUACAGUUAGAAACACCAAGACUGGGAAAUGCGUCAAACUUGCUGAUUGCUAGAUAAAGACAUUUAUUUUGUUGUUAAUAAAGUUUAAAAUCUAAUGAA